UGCACUAUAAUACUAAAACUUCCGGGUUGUAAAUCGUGACUAAAUUGAGAAGUGAUUUAUGAUGAGGAAUUUAAUGUUACACAUGGAGUAAGCAACUGACUGGUAUUGAUUUAUCAUCUCGUAAGCUACUGCAGUUUGAUCUGGACCAGUCAUUUAGUGUGAUAUUGCAGUAUGGCAAAAGAGGAGUCGUUAGACUGGAAAGAGCAGUAUGAGGAGACACUGACAAAAUUAAAACAACUAGAGGUUGAACAGAAAGAUGGUCGGAGGAAGUAUGAUGAGCUAUUUGAGAGGCAUAAAGGGCUGGAAAAUGAGAAAGAAGAGUUACGAAAUAAGUUACACAACCAGAAAGAUCAAUUGGAGGAAGUGAAUAAAUUGAUUGAGCCUGCAAUAGAGGAGUAUACUAAACUACAGAACAAAUAUGAAAUAGAGAAAGGCUGUAGGCAUGAAGCCGAAACUUACGCAUCUCAGAUUGUGAGGCAGAACAAGAAGUUAAAGAGACAGAGUAUGGACCUGAUAGCUGUGAUGAACAAAAGUAAUACACCAUUACAUUUGAUGGAUAUCAAUCUAGAUGAAGAUGAUCCCGAGGACAAGAAGUUAGAAAAUGGAUACCAAGAAUCAUUAAACCAUACGUUAAGAGAGUUAAAGAAUGAAGUUGCUAGUCUGAAAGCUAGUCUGCAAAAAACACAAGAUGAACUUUAUGUUGAGAAGGACAACUAUAAAUGGGCAUCCGCCAUGUAUAAAUCAGUUAAAGCACAGUUACAACAAACAGAAACGUCUCUAAAACAACAUAAAGAAGCUAUUAAAGAACUCUCUAAAGUAUCAGAAGAAGCUUAUGAGGAGUAUGAGAAUUUGAAGGGAAGAUAUGAGCUGGAAAUCAAGAGAAGAAGUGUGUUUGAAAAGAAAAUUGAAGAAGUUGCAGUACAGAACAAUAAAAUGAAGAGACAGAGUGAGGUAUUAUUGAUGAAAUUAACACCAGGUGACCAGCUACAUAAAGCUUUGAUAGAAAUUGAAGAUCUCACAGAGAAAUUGGAUGAACAGAGAAAACAUUAUGAUGCCGAGAUUGUUGACAUAUCUGCUGAGGUUAUAGUUUUAUACCAGAUUGUUGACAUAUCUGCUACUGAGAUGGUUGAAAUAUAUGCUGAGGUUAUAGCUUUAUACCAGAUUGUUGACAUAUCUGCUGCUGAGGUAAUAGUUUUAGACCAGAUUGUUAACAUGUCUGCUGAGGUAAUAGUUUGA